UAUGGUUCAAACGCUUAAAAAGCUAGGUUAUAUAUAUGUCAGUUUUCGGUUUGAAUUUGAAAAAUAGUGAAUUAAUUAAAGUCGAACCAAAGAUUGAACAAUGUCUUCUCACAGUUACGAAAAUAUCCUAGGACACUGUGUCGAUUCUUUGAGAAGUUGCAAAGAAUUAUCUGAUAAAUACCUCGAAGAUGACACCCACUUGAGAUCCAUCAUACAGAAAGUAACAAUGGAAUACGUAGAAGAGAAUUUCGAUAAAGAGAAAGCAGAUAGAGCCUUACUGAAAUUGAAGAACGAUUUGAACGAACAUGAAAACGCAGACGUUGAUAUUGAAGCUCUGUAUAAAAAAUAUGUUGAAGAAGACGAAACAGAGUUAAUACAUAAUGAAACUGACAUUUGGAAAGAAAUAUUUUCUGGCACCGAUAUCCAAGAAGUUCUACCAAAGAAUGAAAGACUAUCGGAUGCUAACUUUGAUAGGGUAGAUGAUUCUUUACUUUGUUCAAAUGUCUUCAAACCGCCCAUUGAUCCUAUAAGUAAGGUGGUGAUAAAAGAACCAUAUAAAAACUUAGCUUGUGGACACUACUUCGACUAUGGAACAAUUUUAAAUUAUAUCAAAGAAAGAAGAGGCAGGGCAAAAUGUCCAUAUGUGGGAUGUACUAACUCUAAUUUUAGAGCAGAACAUUUGAAACUGGACGAAAGAAUGAAACAACAAGUAGAGUUAUAUUUACAGAAUAAUAAUGAUGCAGAAGAUUCAAGUGACAAUGAAUGAUAAUAUUCAUGUCAACAUUUUACUUCUGUGCAAUAAAAUAUUCAUCAAAAUUGUGUUUUUGCAUAUGGUUUUAAACUGCUGAAAAUUUCAUCGAAAUUUCAUGACUUUUCCUGAAAUUGUUAAUUUUGUUCCUUUGCAAAUCAUUAAAAAACAAGAUUAUAUGUAGCGAUAACCCAAUAAGGCAACUUUUUUUCACCUUAUUCAUAUCCUACUUGAGAAACAAAACAUCAAAUAUAAGUUUAUAUGGAAGUCACUUCAUAAUGAAUAAAAAUAAAAAAAUAGAGGGUGUUUGAGAAAUGAAGAGACUAAGAAUGUUAAAAAAAUCUUGUAAUUAAAAUUUGUACAAAUUUACAGUGGUCAGGUACAAUGAAAAUUUGCAAUAAAAAAAUAAAAUAUAUUUAUAAAUAAAACUAUACAAUAUAUACAUAAGUGUUACAUUUAUUAAAAUUAUGACCUGAUCUUAUAAUAAAAAGAGAACUAUAUAAUAAUAAAUCUUAGAAUAUGGUUUUUAUUAUACUUAAUUAAUAGGUUUUGAAUAUUAUUUUUACAAAUCUUGGAAAUAUACAAUUAAAGAAAACAUAUUUUAAUACAAAAUUAAUCUACAAAAAUAUCAUAAAUCGAAAUAAAUUCCCCAAAAAUAUUUACAGCUGAAAUUCAAAAUAAAAUUAAAUCAUCAGAACAGAGUCUUUUUUUUUCACUUUUGAUGGAUGCCUCUCCUAGUUGAUUUUUUGUGGACACUCUAGCUGUGAGAGAACGGUUAUACCUAUCAUAAACAAUUAUCUGUAAGUAUUUUCCUGCCAAUAUUUUUCAUCUAAACUACACAACAAAUUUACAAAUGUAGGCACAGUCGUUAUAAAAAUUCAAGUUCACUACAAUGGUGGUAUUACAAGAAUGAAAACAGACCAGUCCCUAGAGAUAAUUUAAACAAAUGAACUAUCAACAUUGACGUUAAAUAAUAAAGAUUGACCAUUUACAUUUCAAACAAGGCUAAAGGUUUAACAAUGAAUGAAAUAAACUCUUAUGUUUGAUGUUACAAUUCAUUAAAUCUUCCGUCCUGUUAUUGACCUUUAUUUAUUGGAAAUCUUUUAUAAAAUUUCGAAGAUCUAAUCGCAUAAAGCUUAAAGUAUUAAAUUUGAGAUCACUAAACCAACAAAUAAAAAGGUGGUGUAUGAAUAACCCAGUAUCUACCCAAUAAAACUGAAGUUUGUAAAAUUGGACAAAAUUCAAAUAUCUCCUAGGAUGAUGGCAUAAAUGGCAAAAAGUAUAAAAGAAAAAUAUUUUUUUCCGGAGGAAUCUAGUUUCAUGUUUCGACACUUAUAUAGGAACACCCUGUACAAUUUGACUCAUCUACAUUAUUACAAAUUGAAUCGUGAAUAUUUUUUUCUUGAUUUAAAGAUAUAAUUUCAAAGAAUAUACGCUAAAAUCGUGAUUAAAAAUAAUAUUAUUCAGGAACUGGUCCAUGCAAUAAGAGAUAGAUUUAUACAGGGGAAAAAUUGCAACUAGAGGAACAUAUUUUUAUAUGUUAGUUUUCAAAUUUCAUGGGGGAUGGCUAAGGAUACAAGGUCAGGACAUGCUAAUGUUACCAGUUCAAUAUUGUUACAUAUCGAAGAGAGAGUAUGCAUUCUAUACGGCGCCAGUGAAAAUAAACCGUCAAAAAUGCAUAUAUCACAUGAAAAAGAUACAAAAGUACCAUAUAAAAAGUAAAAUACAUUUUCAAUAAAUAAUGAACAGUUUUAUAAAAGAUAUAAAUAUCACAGAAUUAUCACAGGUUAUGAAUAGAUAACACAGUCAAGUUUCAGAAGGAACACUUGGGAACGAUUAAUUCUCGGGAUACAUAAUAUAUAUUCAUGUAUGCACACACCAAACACUCGAAGAAGAAAAGAUUUAAAAAGCUUGAUUCAAACAGAAUUUCCG